AUGGCUUCUACUAGUUUGAGUCCUGUGAUGGCAAUUGAGAAUCUUGAGAUCACAACAAAGCCAAAUUGGCUUGAACUUCCUAAAGACAUAGCUAUCAACAUACUGCAGAGACUUCCUACACUUGAAAUAGUAACAAGUGCAUGUGUAGUGUGCCCUCUCUGGUGGAACAUUUGCAAGGACCCUAUCAUGUGGUCCACCAUUGACAUGCUUACCGGUAUCACCAUUGACGCGAUCACUGAACUCACUCAGCGAGUUUCUUACUUUGGAUAUCUUAGCAAAUUAGAAAAGAUUUGUCGCUAUGCUGUUGAUAGAAGUCGUGGUCAUCUCAAAAACUUAUAUAUUUUGAAAUUUGCGACUGAUGAUCUCCUUUCUACCAUAGCCAAGAGGGAAAGUAACUUGAGAUGCAUACGUCUGAAAGAAUGCUAUGAAAUUUCUAAUGAAGCUUUUUGUGAAGUUGUGAAGAAGCAGCCAUUCUUGGAGGAGCUUGACAUUUAUCAUUGUUAUGAUUUAGGAAGGUCUUUCUUUGAAUAUAUUGGCCAAUGUUGUCCACAUAUGAAAUCAUUGAAGUUUUUCCCUUGUGAAAAGGGAGAUGAUAAGUGCGACAAUGUUGCGUUUGCUAUUGGUAAAACAAUGACUGAGCUUCGCCAUUUGACGAUUUUUCAUAAUGAACUCUCUAAUGAUGGAUUGCUUGCUAUUAUAGAUGGAUGUCCUCUUCUUGAAUCUCUUGAUCUCCGAGGAUGUUUUCAUCUUGAAUUGGAUGAAGUUUUAUUGAAAAGAUGCAAAAGGCAGAUUAGAGAAUUAACGCUUCCAAACGAUUCUGCAAUCCCCCGUUUUAGUUUUGUUGAUCAUAUUAGCUAUGUGUCACUGAAGUUGAAAAUUAGAUGA